AAACAACCGCAUUGCCAUCUCAUAUCAUAGCUGUACAAGCUCGAGCCCGUCUCACCAGCGCCGCCUCUAAACGCUGUCAAGAUGUCCAAGCUCACUCAGCGCAACGGCAUGCGGCCAGCAGAUGAUCAAGAAACAUGUCCCAUCUGCAAAACAUCUCGGUACCUGAACCCGAACAUGAAGUUCCUGGUGAACCCAGAAUGCUACCACAAAAUGUGCUCCGCAUGCGUGGACCGGAUCUUCAGCGCGGGACCCGCCCCAUGUCCCGUGGCAGGGUGCCACCGCACGCUGCGGAAAGCGCGAUUCCGGGCCCAAACCUUUGAAGACAUCCAAGUGGAGCGAGAAGUAGACAUCCGCCGAAGGGUCGCGGCGACAUUUAAUCGACGCGAAGAAGAAUUCGAAACGCUGCUCGACUACAACAACUACCUCGAAGAAGUGGAGACGAUCACGUUCAACCUGCUCAACGGGAUCGACUUAUCUGCCACGGAGAAGAAACUGGCCAACUAUGCCGCGCAGAAUGCGCAGGCCAUAUCGGCCAACGCGUCGCGGGCCUCGCGCGAGGCGGCGUCGCUGUCGGCACAACAGGCAGCAGAGCGUGAGGCGGCCCGACUCCGUCGCGAGGCGGCGCGCAGAGAAGAGGAAGAAGAGCGCGAAGAGCGGGAGGAGUUGCGCAGAGAAGCAUUGACCCGUCUGGCGGCAGGCAACCAGGGCGAAGCAGAUCGCAUCGCGCACGAAAUGCAAAAGAUUGUGCUGAAGAAGAGCACGGCCCGCAAACAGAGACAGCAGAUGGAGUCGCUGCUCAAACCCAGAGCGGGUAUGGCUGGUGCUGGCGGUGCUGCGGCUAGUGGUCUUGCAGCGGGCGCAGAUAAUGGGUCCGCAGCCUUGGCUGAUAAUGAUACGUUUGUCAUCAAGGGCCUCAAACCCACUCUUCCUGUCGAGCCGGAGAAGCCGUAUGAUCCGUUUGGCGGCUACACGGAGCAUAGAGAGUACUAUGUUCUCAAGGAUACCUAUGAGCAUCCCUGGCUCGAUGAUGUCCGUAGCAAACCUCAGUUUCUCGCAGGCGGGUACGAUGUGCAUGAGUAUUAUGCACGGACCAUGUUUGAGGCGUUUUCGGGUCUGUGCUGUUUUGUCGGGGACGAGGUAGCCGCGCGGGAGAAGGCAUCUUCUGGGGAGGUGGCCACCACUGCUGCUGCGGAGGCGGCGGGGGCGGGAGGAGGAGACAUCAACAUGGACGAUGUCUUCUAACCUUGUCCCAUCUCCUCCUUACCUUACUUGCACUCUUCCCUUCCCGUUUUCUUUGCUCUUCUUCUUCUUCUUCUUCUUCUCUUUACACAAUGAUACCCCCAAUCCUUCUUUUCCCCAACCAUACAAUGUCAUUCCUUUUUCCUUUUUCUUAUCAAACAAAGGUGUUAUUUGAGGAGAAUAUGGGCGCAUAUAGCAUACGCAAGUGUUGCUUUCUACGAAAUGCUGGAUUGUACGGCGUUGCAGGCAUGGCAUGGCAUGGCAUAGCAUAGCAUACAUCCCAUCACAUCACAUAGUAAUGGAUAGUAUAGCAACGACAAAUAGCAUGG